GCUUUCAGUCGCGCGCCGGCCGCUGACACGGUUGUACCCCACGUGUGCAUUUAAUCCCCGUUUCGAUAAAACCUUCGUCAAAAAUCCAAACCGCACCCCACCAUCGAGCCGCUUCCCUCCCUCAUUCCUUGCUCGAUAAAAAAAGCGCGCGCGCCUCGCAUGAUAUCCGACUUUGAACAAGCUUACGGUUUAUGUUGAGCAGUUUAUUUAUUCAAUAUUGAACGAAUCGAUGUAAAGAAACUGCCUUUUGCUCAUUGGGAAAAUUCCGAUUUUUCAUAGAUUUUACUCUCUUUCAACUCGACUUUUUUUAUCGCGUUAAAUAUCCUUCGCCUCGGUCGCACUUUUCUCAAGCUCCGUCGUAUCGUGCAUCUCCUUUCUUGCGACCGUGGAACGUCGAACGAGUGACUCGGCAAACUUGAGGCUUCCAGAUUACCAGGAUAAUUCAACAAACUCGACUUUGGCCUGGCAGGAGGACACGAAAUCACUUGGAGAAAACCUACGGAAUGUAGAAACAUUACGACUCGUUUGAAGUUCCGAAUGGAAGAGCCGGCCGUAAGAAAAACACCACACAACAGUACAAAGUGAAAACGCCGGUUGGCAUGCGUGCGCGAGUACACGAAGGUGCGGUUGUGUGUGCGCGUGUGUUCGCUCGACGGGUGGAGCGCCUCGAGGGUGGGUCUUCGAAAUGAGCUAUGAAGAGCAUCCUGGGCUGCCUGCUAGCCUCCGUCUUAAUUUUCCAACUCUCGAACUUUCACGUUACAGCUCUACCACCCGUGGUCAAAAUAGGUGCAAUAUUCACUCAUGACCAAAAGGACAGCAGCACCGAGCUGGCAUUCAAAUACGCCGUAUACAAAAUAAACAAGGACAAAGUUAUACUGCCAAAGACCAAUUUGGUCUACGAUAUUCAGUACGUGCCCAAAGAUGAUUCUUUCCACGCGUCCAAGAAAGCUUGUCAGCAAGUCAAAUUCGGGGUACAGGCCGUCUUCGGGCCAUCCGAUCCCAUUCUGGGACAGCACAUACACAGCAUCUGCGAUGCCUUGGACAUUCCGCAUCUGGAGGUCAGGCUGGACCUGGACGCGGAGGCGAAAGAGUUCAGCAUCAACUUACAUCCCGCACAAAAACUGCUCAACGCGGCAUAUCAGGACGUCAUGGACUUCCUCAACUGGACCAAAGUCGCAAUCGUUUACGAGGAUGAUUAUGGUCUCGUAAAGUUACGAGAACUGGUCCGAUCGCCAAGAUCUCGCGACCUCGAGAUCCACCUCAGACAAGCCGACCCAGCCUCCUACAGGCCAGUGCUGUCUGAAAUCAAGUCCAAAGAGAUUAGAAAUCUCAUCGUCGACACCAAAGCCGAGCACAUGCAUCAUUUCCUACGAAUGAUACUGCAGUUACAAAUGAACGAUUACAACUAUCACUAUCUCUUCACUACUUUUGAUAUUGAGACUUUCGAUCUCGAAGAUUUCAAGUACAAUUUUGUCAACAUCACUGCCUUUCGAUUAGUCGACGCGGACGAUAUUGGAGUUCGCGGUGUAUUGCGAGACAUGGAACGUUUUCAACCUUCCGGCAAUACGAUAUUGAACAAGUCUCGUGUGAUUGAGGCUGAACCGGCUCUGAUGUACGACAGCGUGCAGGUUUUCGCGGUUGGUCUCCGAACUCUGGAACAGUCGCACGCCCUGAGACCCGCAAAUUUAUCCUGCGAGCUCGAGCAUCCCUGGGACGGUGGACUAUCCCUCAUCAACUACAUAAACUCGGUUGAGAUGAAGGGGAUUUCCGGACCCAUAGAGUUCAAGGAGGGAAGGAGAAUCCAGUUCAAGCUGGAUCUGCUGAAACUCAAGCAGCACUCUUUAGUCAAGGUCGGAGAAUGGCAACCUGGGGCCGGAGUCAAUGUGACAGACAGAGCAGCAUUUUUCGAGCCUGGUAUUGCAAACGUGACUCUCAUCGUCAUUACUAUCCUGGAACAGCCGUACGUAAUGCUGAGGAGCCAAGGAAAUUUCAGCGGUAACGAACGUUACGAGGGUUUCUGCAUCGACCUUCUCAGGGAGAUUGCCCAAAUGGUCGGCUUCACCUAUAGGAUCGAACUUGUGCCUGACGGAAAGUACGGCGUUUACGAUUAUGAGACCGGCGAGUGGAAUGGAAUAGUUCGCCAAUUGAUGGACAAGAAAGCAGAUCUAGCCGUGGGCUCGAUGACGAUUAAUUAUGCUCGCGAGAGUGUCAUAGAUUUCACAAAGCCUUUUAUGAACCUCGGAAUUUCCAUUCUUUUUAAGGUGCCCACGAGUCAUCCAGCUCGAUUAUUCUCCUUUAUGAAUCCACUGGCGAUCGAAAUCUGGCUGUACGUACUCGCAGCAUACGUACUAGUCUCCGUUACGAUGUUCGUGGUGGCACGUUUCAGUCCUUACGAAUGGAACAAUCCUCACCCCUGUCAUUCCGGUCCCGAAGUUGUGGAAAAUCAAUUCUCACUGGCCAAUAGUUUUUGGUUCACCAUCGGGACUUUGAUGCAACAAGGAAGUGAUUUAAAUCCGAAGGCCACGAGUACGAGAAUCGUCGGUGGGAUCUGGUGGUUCUUUACUCUCAUAAUUAUUUCGUCGUACACCGCAAACCUCGCAGCUUUUUUGACCGUCGAGAGGAUGAUCACGCCGAUUGAAAACGCCGAAGAUCUCGCUGGCCAGACGGACAUCACUUACGGGACUCUCGAGAGCGGCAGCACGAUGACGUUCUUUAGAGAUUCUAUGAUCGAAACGUACAAGAAAAUGUGGCGGUUUAUGGAGAACAAAAAGCCAUCAGUUUUCGUGCCAACGUAUGAAGAAGGUAUUCAAAGAGUACUGCAAGGAAAUUAUGCUUUUCUCAUGGAAUCGACGAUGCUCGAUUACAUCGUUCAAAGGGAUUGUAACCUCACGCAAAUUGGCGGGCUGCUCGAUACCAAGGGUUACGGAAUUGCAACGCCGAUGGGCUCAGUUUGGAGGGACAAAAUAUCACUUGCGAUUCUAGAACUUCAAGAAAAAGGUGAAAUUCAAAUGCUGUACGACAAAUGGUGGAAAAGUCCUGGAGACACUUGCAUGAGGACAGAAAAGGGCAAAGAAAGCAAAGCCAAUGCUCUGGGAGUUGAUAACAUAGGUGGAGUUUUCGUCGUCCUUCUAUGUGGCUUAGCGUUUGCUGUUCUCAUCGCAAUUUUCGAGUUUUGUUACAACUCCAGAAAAAAUUCACUCCCUGAACGCCAAAGGCCACCGGUACCUGCACCACCGCCAACUUGUUCAAGCUCACUUCAAGGCAUACCUCAAGCAUUGCAGCAGCAAAGUCAACAGCAACAAGAAUCUCUGUGUUCGGAAAUGGCACGAGAAUUGUGUCGUGCUUUGCGCUGUCGAGCAUUGACUCGGAGAAGACAAGCCUGCGAGAAGUGUUCGACUCAUGUUGUUGGCUUUUCUCUGGACAAUCCCACAGCAACUCCUUUAAAUGGAAUACGAUCGCAGAGGAGCAGUCUGGGCGUUUCCGUAGAACUUCCGGGGCACAUCCACCACAUGCAUCAUCACCCGACUUCCCACGAUUAUGAGGGCAACUGAAUCGUCCUUCGAUCCCAUACACCGUUGAUCUAUCGAGAUAACAAUUACGAGCACAGAUAAAUAAUGAAUUAAAGAAUUAUAGAGAGAAGGAACAACAAAAAUUGGAAGCAAAGUGGAAAAUGACGCGAACGAUAUUGUUGGGAAAAAAAUUAUUUUCUAUUGAACUCAGAAAUUUGUGGUCCGCAUGGUCCCGUAGCCGAUGAGGGCAAACGUUCGUAUCCCCGGAUUCGAAUAAAUAAUAUCAUGAGACUUCUGUAAAAUGAAUUACAGAGAAGAAUGCAUUUGUUACGAAUUUUUACGAAAUUUAUUAUGAAACGUGUUUGAGUGAUGGAAAAUAAAAGUGCAUAAUCUCACCCGUCGUUCGUUGGAAUGUAACGAAAAAUGUUCGAUGAAAGUAAUGCAGCGGUCCACGCCCGUUUUCACAACUGCCCUCGCAAACCUCGUCGUUAUAUUCGUGGCAAAGGAUUGAUUCGACCAAGUCGUCGUAGAGUGGUCAGGAUAGGGUCCGCACCGUGGAAUCACAAAACGAAGAAAACUCGAUGCACAGAAAUCAGAUUUCUUGUACCUACGUAAACCCCAAAACGAUAGCGAGAAUUCUCAUUGAAAAUAUGAUGCAAUGAAAAUAAAUGAUUAAAUAUAGAAAGCAUGGCCAGAGGAAUGCUGUGUAAUGAUACUGUAAAUAUCGUGAACUCGAAAGAUGCGCAGAAGAAAAAAAAAGAAUGAAUCUACAUUUCGUACUAAUUAUUAUAGCACCCAAUGAGUAAUGACUGUCGAUCGAAUAAUAUUUGAUGUCACUUUACCUGUACACAAUGGACUUAAAAAUAAAACCGUUUUCUUCCUGAUCAGAAAAUAUUUGAGAAUAAUAAAGAAUGAAAAUGUUGAAACAAUGAAA